AGAACCCAAGAAAGUUGCUUCUUCAGCUAUAAUUAAAUGCACUUCUCUCUCUUCAGCAUAAAGAAGCCAACAAACUCUCAUUUGCUUUGUACCCUUAUCUUAGAUUUACACAAUUCUUGUUUAUUUCUUAUUGGGGGUACUUGAAGAAGCAAAUGGGUGGACUUUUCACCUGCUGAAAAUGGAGGGGUCUGUCAGCUUCAGAUUCUUGGUGGGGGCAAUUUUUUUGGGGAUUUUUGUGGGUUGUGGCUGCUCUAUAGAGAAUGCUGCUGAUUCAGCUACUGCAGUGUAUAUUGUGACCCUGAAAAAAGCACAUUUUAAUGAAGAACUCAACUUGAAGAAUCAAUACCACUCCAGAAAUGGUGGGUCACAGAGAGUUAAUAGAUUUGACAAACCAAGCAACUUUUCACAUAUAGAUCACAUGAAUGGUUCCUAUGUUUCUCAAAUGCACGAUUCCUUAUUGAGGAGGGUAUUAAGAGGAGAAAAGUAUCUAAAAGUAUACAGCUACCACUAUUUGAUCAAUGGAUUUGCUGUGCUUGUAACACCCCAGCAGGCAUUCAAGCUUGCAAGGAGGAGAGAGGUGUCAAAUAUUGUUUUGGAUUUCUCAGUUAAGACUGCAACCACACAUACACCACAAUUUCUAGGUCUACCUCGUGGGGCAUGGGCUCAAGAAGGUGGAUAUGAAACUGCUGGGGUAGGCAUUGUAAUUGGUUUUAUUGACACUGGAAUUGAUCCUACACACCCCAGCUUCAAUGAUAAGUCACCUGAGCAAACAUAUCCUGUUCCUGAGCACUUCUCUGGCAUUUGUGAGGUCACUCUGGAUUUUCCAUCCGGAUCUUGCAACAGGAAACUUGUUGGUGCCCGUCAUUUUGCAGCAUCUGCUAUAACCAGGGGGAUAUUUAAUGCAACUAAGGACUUCGCUUCUCCUUUUGAUGGUGAUGGUCAUGGAACGCAUACAGCUUCUAUUGCGGCAGGAAACCAUGGAGUCCCCGUUAUUGUAGCUGGACAUUACUUUGGAAAUGCUAGUGGAAUGGCUCCUCAUACACACAUUGCAGUUUACAAGGCAUUAUACAAGAGUUUUGGUGGAUUUGCUGCUGAUGUCGUUGCUGCCAUAGACCAGGCAGCCCAGGAUGGCGUGGAUAUAAUCAAUUUAUCAAUCACGCCAAACAGGCGUCCUCCUGGUUUGGCGACUUUCUUUAAUCCGAUAGACAUGGCCUUGUUAUCAGCAGUAAAAGCUGGCAUUUUUGUGGUACAAGCAGCUGGCAAUACUGGACCAUCACCUAAGAGUGUUGCUUCCUUCAGCCCAUGGAUCUUCAGUGUUGGUGCUUCAACCCAUGACAGGGCAUACAGCAACUCUAUAUUGCUGGGCAACAACAUCACCAUAUCUGGAGUUGGACUAGCACCAGGAACAGAUGACAUGUACAUGCUGGUUUCUGCAAUUCAUUCUUUGAAUGACACAGCUGCUAAAGAUAUGUAUGUUAGUGAAUGCCAAGAUGCCAGUAAGUUCAAUCAUACGCUCGUUCAAGGGAAUCUCUUGAUUUGUAGCUACUCCAUCCGGUUUGUGCUUGGACUUUCCACCAUCAAACAGGCCUCAGAAACAGCUAUGAACCUUAGUGCAGCUGGAGUUGUCUUUGCCAUGGAUCCUUUUGUUAUCAGCUAUCAACUUAAUCCGGUUCCAAUGAGAUUGCCUGGAAUUAUAAUUCCUUCUCCAGAUGAUUCAAAGAUUUUACUUCAGUACUACAAUUCUUCUCUUGAGAAAGAUGAAACUACAAGAAAAAUCGUCAAGUUUGGGGCUGUUGCCUGCAUUUUGGGGGGAGUAACACCAAAUUUCAGCUUAUCUGCUCCGAAGGUUAUGUAUUAUUCUGCAAGGGGACCAGAUCCAGAAGACAAUUCUGUUGAUAAUGCAGACAUAUUGAAACCCAACCUAGUUGCUCCAGGAAAUUCUAUAUGGGCUGCUUGGAGUUCCCGCGGCGCUGAAUCGAUUGAAUUUCAAGGUGAAAACUUUGCAAUGAUGUCUGGUACAAGCAUGGCUGCCCCUCAUAUUGCUGGUUUAGCAGCCUUGAUCAAGCAAAAAUUUCCUACCUUUAGUCCUGCUGCAAUUGGAUCUGCACUUUCUACAACAGCCUCUCAACACAAUAAAUAUGGGGGGCCAAUACUAGCCCAGCGUGCAUAUGCCAACCCAGAUUUGAACCAGUCUCCUGCAACAUCUUUUGACAUGGGAAGCGGAUUCGUGAAUGCUACUGCAGCGCUGGAUCCGGGCCUUAUAUUGGAUACAACAGGGACAAGAUGAAGUAUUCAUUUGCCAGAAGAAAUAUGCUAAGGAAAUUCUCAAGAAAUUCAACAUGGAAGAUUACAAGGAGAUGAAUACUCCUAUGAACCAAAAAGAGAAACUAAGCAAGAAUGACGGAGCAGAGAAAGUGGAGGAAACGUACUUCAGAGGCUUAGUCGGUUGUUUGAUGUAUCUCACAGCUACAAGACCUUAUAUUUUGUAUGUCGUAAGCAUUCUAUCGAGGUUCAAACAUUGUGCUAGUGAGGUGCAUCUAAAAGCAGCAAAACGAGUUGUUAGAUACAUCAAAGGAACCAUCAAUUAUGGUGUCAAGUUUUAGAAAAAAUAGAUCUGAAACUACUUGGAUAUUCUGAUUGUGAUUGGGCUGGAUCUGCAGAUGACAUGAAGAGCACAUCUGGAUAUUGUUUCAGUCUUGGCUCAGGAAUGUUUUUGUGGUGCUCAAAGAAGCAGGACAUUGUGGCUCAAUCCACUGCAGUGGCGGAAUUCGUGGCUGCAACAACAACAGUAAAUCAGCAUCGUGGUUGAGGAAAAUUUUUGGUGAUCUGCACAUGAAUCAGACAAAGGGAACUGAAGCAUUUGUGGACAAUUAAUCUGCAAUAGCAAUUUCUCAUAAUCCUGUAUUUCAUGGGAAAAACAAAACACUUCAACAUCAAGCUUUUCUUCUUGAGGGAAGUGCAAAAUAAUGGUGACGUGAUUCUACUCUAUUGCAAAAUUGAAGAGCAACUGGCUGAUAUCUUCACCAGACCAUUAUCAGGCAAUAAAUUUCAACUUCUCAGGCAAAAACUUGGAGUUUGCAGCUCUUAAAGCAAGUUGAGUGUAUUGUAGGGUAGUUAUUUACUGUUUAGUGAUUAAAUUCUAUCUUAUCCUUAUCAUUAUCCUUAGUUUUUAAUUUUAUCCUUAGGAGUUGGUUUACUUGUAAACUCUUAUAAAUAUCUGUGUUAUAAUGAAGUAAGUAGUUUUGCUUUCAUAAA